AUGGCAAUCCCCAACCCCACAGGCCUCAGUUCAGCAUGGCAAUCCCCACCUCCACAGGCUUCAGUUCAGCAUAGCAAUCCCCACCCCUACAGGCCUCAGUUCAGCAUAGCAAUCCCCAACCCCACAGGCCUCAGUUCAGCAUGGCAAUCCCCACCUCCACAGGCUUCAGUUCAGCAUAGCAAUCCCCACCCCACAGGCUUCCAGUUCAGCAUGGCAAUCCCCACCUCCACAGGCUUCAGUUCCAGCAUGGCAAUCCCCACCCCCAGGCCUCAGUUCAGCAUAGAAAUCCCCGACCCCACAGGGCUCCAGUUCAGCAUAGCAGUCCCCAACCCCACCGGCCUCAGUUCAGCAUAG